AUGGCUGCAGCCCAAUUGCGUCUCGUCUUUAUAACUAUUGUCCUACGUUUCAUAGCUGCACAACAGAAUGAUGGUUCUGUAUCUGUUGGUGCAUCACUCAAAGCCACAUCCGAUGUGAAACCAUGGCUUUCAUCAUCUGGUGAAUUUGCCUUUGGGUUCAAACAAGUUCAGGGUAACGAUAAUUUCUUGUUAUCCAUAUGGUACGAGAAGAUACCUGACAAGACCAUCGUCUGGUAUCCAGAAGAAGGUCGGAUGGUGCCUACAGGAUCCAAAGUUGAGCUACUUCGUGAAAGUGGACUCGUACUCACGGAUCCUCAGGGCACAGAGGUAUGGAGAUCUGGAUCCAUUUCCGGUGUUGCAUCAGGUUUUAUGAAUGAUACAGGUAACUUCGUGGUUUUUGGUGGCAAUUCUCGCAAGUUAUGGGGUAGUUAUGAUUUUCCAGCAAACACCCUGUUGCCUACUCAGGUUAUGGAGAGAGGUGGAGGGAUGAAUUCAACAAUCAGUCCAACAAACUUCUCUGGUGGACGAUUCCAGUUACGUCUGCUUCCAGAUGGGAAUCUUGUUCUUAACAUUCGAGAUACACUUUCAGGUAAUACUUAUGAUGCUUACUAUAUCAGUGGCACAUAUGAUGAUUCUAAUUCAACAAACUCCGGUGAACAAGUGAUAUUCGAUGCAACGGGAUACAUGUAUAUAUUGAGAAGAAAUGGCCAACGAUUUGAUCUUACUCCAAGAGGCUCACUUCCUUCUGGAGAUUAUUAUCACAGAGCUACUCUAGACUCUGAUGGGGUUUUUCGCCAAUAUUACUUCCCCAAGAAUCCCAUCUCCAAUACAAAUUGGGAAGUUAUAUGGUUCGUGCCAGAUAACAUAUGUGUGGAUUCAAGUGAUCGUUCAAGCACUGGAGCUUGUGGGUUUAACAACGUUUGCAGUUUUGAUGGUAACCGGCCAAACUGUGAAUGCCCAAAGGGUUUCUCAUUGCUUGAUCCAAAUAAUCCAAGUGGUGAUUGCAAGCCUGAUUUCACUCCAACAUGUGAUGAAGUUGACUCCAAUAAUGGGCGAGGCAUGUUUGAUUUCAUCGAGCUCCAAAAUAUUGAUUGGCCAUUUUCAGACUAUGUGCAUAUGAACCCAAGUAAUGAAAACACCUGUAAAAGUUCCUGCUUGGAAGAUUGUUUCUGUGCUGUUGCAAUAUAUAGGGACACCCAAUGUUGGAAGAAGAAGCUUCCACUUUCUAACGGGAGGAAGGUUGAUUCAGCUAAUGUGAGGGCGUUCGUGAAAUACCAGAUUGGUGAUCAUCCUCUUCAAAACCCUCUUGGGCUUCCUGGAAAAAAUAAAGAUCGAAGAAGUCUGAUAGUUGUCGGAUCGGUUCUCCUAGGUACUUCAGUGUUUAUCAUCUUUGUAUUGACUGGUGUGAUUUGUGUGGGUUUCUUUGUAAUCUACAAGAAGAAGCCUAUGAACACAUAUUCAAUUCGUAAAGCUGUUGAAACCAAUCUGCCUUCUUUUACGUAUCAAGAACUAGUUGAAGCUACAGAUGGAUUCAAAGAUGAACUGGGAAAGGGGGGUUUUGGGAUAGUCUAUAAAGGUGUGAUAGGAAAAAAGAUCGUAGCUGUGAAGAAGUUGAAUACUGUAGUUCAUGAUAGUGAUAAGGAAUUCAAAACGGAGGUUGACACCAUUGCAAAAACUCAUCAUAAAAAUUUGGUACAGCUUCUUGGGUAUUGUGAUGAAGGUGAUCAGCGACUAUUGGUUUAUGAGUACAUGAGCAAUGGCACUUUGGCGAUGUUUCUUUUUGGGGACACAAGACCGACAUGGAGACAGAGGAGUCAUAUUGCUGUUGGGAUUGCUAAGGGACUCGCAUACCUUCAUGAAGAAUGUAGCACCCAAAUCAUUCACUGUGACAUAAAGCCUAAAAAUAUACUUCUUGAUGACUACUGCAAUGCUAAGAUUUCUGACUUUGGAAUGGCAAAACUUUUGAUGUUGAAUCAAAGUCAUACGAACACUGGAAUAAGAGGAACAAAAGGUUAUCUUGCUCCUGAAUGGUUUAGGAACACACCUGUCACAAUAAAGGUUGAUGUCUAUAGCUUUGGAGUUUUGCUUUUAGAGAUCAUUUCAUGCCGAAAGAGCUUGGUGUUUGAGAGUGAUGAUGAAGGGAUGGUGGUUUUAACUGAUCUUGCAUGGGAUUGCUAUCAAGAAGGUCGGCUGGAGGCAUUUGUUGAGAAUGAUUUGGAGGCCUUAAAUGACCACAAAAAACUUGCAACAUUUGUGAUGGUUGGUCUUUGGUGUGUACAAGAAAACUCGUCAUUGAGGCCUACCAUGAGGAAGGUCAACCAGAUGCUUGAGGGAGGAAUUGAAGUGGUGGAACCUCCAUGUCCAUACAGCUCUUUCUCUGUUACCAAUUACUAA